AUGUUCAAGGACGAGGAUCGCACACUGCGGCAGGCCGAUAGCCCAGAGGGCAUUGUGGGCCUCGGAGAUCUGGAGACCGUCUUCGUAGGACAUGGAGCCCCCUGCGAUCCCAACGAGAAAAUCCUCAAGGUGCUGCGCUACAGCUAUGACAAUGGCAACCACAAGGUGUCAGAUGGUUUUAACUUUCCUGCUCCAGGGGAAAUGUCAGUGAGGAGCUUUAAGGAAGCCUUGAUCAAGGCCUGUCUUCACUGGAAGUUCCCCGACGAGGUCAUGACAGAAGUCAUGCCAGAGAGCCCUGUGGAUCCUGUGGCCCCGCCACCACCAAUCGAGGUCGAGCGUGUCGAACGUGUCGGAGGUGCUGCGGAUCCCGAGAUGGUGCGAUGGCAUGGCAUGGUGGGUGCCAGCGCUGGAUGGGCACCACCCCGAGUCGUUGCCAGAACGGAGGCUGACGCGCGGCCUGGCUAUGCUGCCUAUGAUGCCUCGGAAUAUUUGGAUGACCCUGAGGUAUUGCAGGCCAAAGUGAAGCUUCUGGCCGAGAUGUGGCUCCGCGGCGGCCGCGACACAGUCGUCUAUACCGGCGCAGGGCUGUCCACGGCCAGUGGCAUUGGCGACUAUGCCUCCAAGGCAGGUGGCUCCAUUGCGCCACAUAAGAAAGGCACCAGUACGGGCAGUCGCUUAGAGCUCCAACCCACUGUAGCGCAUCAUGCUUUGGCUGCGAUCGAAGAGAAGGGUCUCAUUGGGAAUUGGGUGCAGCAAAACCAUGACAGGCUGGCACAAAAGGCUGGCUUUCCUCAGGCCAAGCUGAAUGAAAUCCAUGGCGCAUGGGGUGAUACCAAAAACAUGGUAAAGAUGAUGGACGACACGUUGCGCUCGGAUUUGCUGGAAUGGCUGGUGGCGUGGUCCGCCCGCGCCCGGCUCUGUGUGACCCUGGGCACCUCCCUCUGCGGCAUGACCAGCGACGAGAUCCCGCGCGCGGCUGCGGAGCGCUUCGCUGUGGCAGAGGGGGAUGGCUUGGUGAUCAUCGGUUUGCAACGAACCUUCUAUGAUGAGGCAGCGAGUCUGCGAAUUUGGGGUCUCUGCGACGAUGUCAUGAAACUCUUGGCGAAGGAGUUGCGGUUGAAGGUGCCAGAUCCCAAAGUCCAACGUCGUGGCGAGGAGUGGGUGAGGAGUCAUCCCAGACUCACCUACAACACGCCGGUGCGAAGCGCUAGGGAUCCCAUGUGUCCAUUGCGGGCUGCCCCUGCGACAGAGUUUCGCUUUUCUGUACUGAAAAAACUUUGGGGCUUUCAUGUGGCAGACUUGGGGCCCGUGGCUGUUACCUUCGUGGCACAUCGUGGCGAGGGGAGCGCCCUCAUGGGUUUUGCAGAUGGACGGCAGGUUGCGGUGCAACUCAUGGAAGAGGAGGAGGAGCUGGGACCUGAUGAUUUGCUUCUCUUAGUGAGGCCAUGGCGGGUGGUGGAAGCGCGGCUUCAUGCACCCACGGAGAUGGUGGUGUCCAAGAAUCAGCCUUUGGUUGAGUUCCAAGCCAAGUUGACUGAGCGCUACAAGGGCCUACUGCAGGACGGGAAGGACGAAGCCGACAAGGAGAAUCAACCAGAGAACCUGGAGGACAAGCUGGAGAUAUGUGUGGCUCACGCGACUGGUCCACCAAUGACCAUCAAGCGAUGUGAGACCUUGAAAUGGUCCGAGUCACGGUUGUGUGGCGUCUCGGACGUGACCUUGGCUGACCUCAAGGAGCUUCGGGACGGCGUGACACUCAUCGUCCGCUCCAGGGCUGCGGCCUUGCGUGGGGCGCAGGUGGAGAGCAAGGCUGUGAAGGGUAAUGGCAAAGGCCCCACCAAAGGCUCACAGGCCGGUCGCAAGGGAGCAGCCCAGGGGCAGGGCACACAGCCCACUGUGACGGUUGCAACUGCCAAAAGCCGCGCCGAACGGAGCUUGGUGAUUCAGGUAGCACACCCAGAGGCGGACGAGCUGGGAACUUCCUCCAUCUCCUCCUCGCCCUCCUCCUCGCCCUCCUCCUCGCAGCCUGAGGCAGGUGAGACGCCAGGGUAG